AAUUUUUAAAAUUUAAUUUCACAAUAAACACGUACAAAAUGAGACGAUUUGCUAGAAUAAGUUGUGGUUAUUUGAAAAAUCUUAAAGAAAACCAUAUAAACCAAAGUAGAUUAGUUUUUACUAGCUCAGCACAAGCCACACCAUGUUUACCUUUGGAAUGGGAAGCUACUAAGGAAACAAUAUUCAAUAAUUUAAACUAUAGUCAACAAAAGCGUGCAUAUGCUCCAGCAACGUUAACUAAGGCCACAGAAUGCUGGAAUUGUAAAAAGGAAAUGAGGCAAGGAGAAGCCUUAAUGUUGUGUCAACAUUGUGGCCAUUUACAAGAUGUAAACACAGAAAUCAACUAUUUUGAUCUUUUGGAUUUUCCCCAAAAAUUUGAUUUGGAAGCUCAAGCAUUAACGAAGCGCUUCAGGCAAUUACAAACUGUGGUGCAUCCAGAUAAAUUUAGUAAUAAAACUUCUCGUGAGCAGACCAAUUCAGCUGACUGGAGUUCGCUAAUCAAUAAAGCUUAUAAAACAUUGUCAGUGCCCAUUGAUAGAGGCCAGUAUUUAUUAGAGCUGAAUGGCUUGCAAAUACCCCAGGACAAUAGUGUUCUUAAUAAGGAGUUUCUUAUGGAAAUGAUGGAACGCAAUGAAGAAGUUGAGGAUGCCACUACUAAAAAUGAAUUAAAUGCCAUAAACGAUCGUUUAACACAAGAACUACAAGAAAAAGUGGUAUCUUUAGGAAACGCUUUCUCCGAAAAUAAUUUAGAAAUGGCCAAAUCCUUGUUGGUUGAAAUGAAAUAUCUAAUAAGUAUACAAAAAACAAUUAAAAAUAAAUUACAAACAUUAUUGGGCAGCUGAAUGCACAUUUCAAGUAUAAUUAAAAUGUACAAUAUAAUUCCUGUAAUUUAAUUACCCAUAUAAAUUACCCAAAAUAAAUACUUCCAAAACGUUAAAUAA